AUGGUUGAAUCGCUCACUCAACAAUUAAGCACAUUGUCCAUGUCAAGAGAACUCUUCCAAUCCGACUUGACCUACUAUGUCAAUGAACCAAACUGGACUGCUAUGGAUGAACACGCCAAGACUGUGCCAGAGGAACUUACCAAGAGCUUUACCAAAACUGUACAAUAUUUAACAAGUAAAUUUGAAUCUCCACAAGAAAAGGCUCGUGCCAUCUUUGCCUGGAUUGGUUACAAUGUAACCUAUGAUAACAAGGUUGCUGAAACUGGUGAUUUUAGCAAGUAUGAAAGAUUUAGAGAAGAUCAUAAGGAUAAGUUUACUGAAGAGGAAUGUAAGGAAUACUCCAGCUAUGGUAAGGUUGUCUACUCUUUGAGAACUGGUGUCUGUGGUGGAUUUUCCAACUUGUUCAAGGAUAUGUGUAAAUGUGCAGGAAUUGGUGAUAGAUGUGAAAUUGUUUCUGGUUUCACAAAGGGAGGAAAUGGUGUCAAUCCUGUUGAAGUAAUGGCAGCGCUGAGGGUGGUUCUGCAUCUUUCACUCCAAGACACUUCUACAUGA